CCCAGAGACUGUACGUGUGAAGCACAUGAAACAUACUGAUCCCAGCUAAGCUGGUUUGCUAACCACCAUUAAAUAUAGACAUGAGACAUGGUGGAAGACCAGUGAUUUCCAAAAAGGAAAAAAGACUUCCAAACACGUUUGGAGAAAGUUUAAAAGGGAGAGCACAAGACAGACAGUAAAAGUUAGGGUUCUUUCUUUGUAGAUCCCAACUCUUAGUGAUCUCCAACCUGCAGCUACACUCUUCUCCUGUUUAAAGGAAUCAGAAGACCAAGAACAACAACGCGGCAAAGAUGUCCAGUUCAACAAAAGUGGUCAAGUUGUUCUAUGAUGUCAUCUCUCCUUAUUCCUAUCUGGCAUUUGAGGUGCUGUGUCGCUAUAAAAAUGUUUGGAACAUCGAACUCCAAUUAAAACCGGCAUUUUUAGGAGGAGUCUUUCGUGGUUCAGGUAACCAGGAACCUGGACUGGUCCAGAAUAAGUUUUGUUACAUGGUGACAGACUUGAAGCAGCUGUCUGAGUUCUAUGGGGUCCCUGUGAAUCCACCUUUGCCCUGUAAAAAAGGUACUUUGAAUGUGAUGCGUUUUGUGACAGCUGUAGCUGAGAAAGAAAAAGAGAGAGGUGUGCUGGUGGAAAGGGUAUCUAGAGAGCUCUGGAGGAGUAUCUGGUGCACUCAUCAGGACAUUACCCAUCCUGCCUUACUCACUGAGGCGGGAUUAAAGUCAGGUCUCUCAGCCAAUGAGGUGGAGGAACUUCUAAUCCUUUCCAAAUCUCAGCAAAUCAAAGACAGGCUGAGAAAUGUGACACAAGAAGCACUGGACUAUCAAUCCUUUGGUCUUCCAUACAUUGUUUGUCUUGUGAACGGGAAGACUGAGGUCUUCUUUGGUUCUGAUAGAUUUGAGCUCAUAGCCCAUCGAAUCGGAGAGAAAUGGGAGGGACCUCAUCCUGAUCAACACUCCACCUUAUGUGUCAGAGAAACAACUGUGCGGCCUUCAUUAGAGUUAUAUGUUUAAACUUCACUUUUUGUGGUAGCUUUGUAAAUUUAAGCUCUGUAUAUCACAUCACUGUUCAAUAAAAAACGUUCUCAGUUUUCAUGAGUAUUGUAAU